AUGGCCGCCCCGCCCAAGAACAGCUUUGCAAUCUUUCCUGCCGUCUUGAUCUCAGCGUUCUAUCUAGCUGGAGGUGCUUUACUCGUCAUAGAAUUUCUCCAAGUUCCAGUAGGAGUCAUGGAGGAAGAGAAUGCUGCGCCUACGAAUAGCAUCACAGUAGACCUGAAAGUAUACAUGCACUGCGACGCCUGUGAAAGAUCAGUACGCCGUACCAUCAAGAAAAUCGACAGCAUCGAGACAGUGGAGGUGGACAGGGAGGAGAACAAGGUCAAGGUGACGGGGGAUUUCGACACGGAGAAGGUGCUGAAGAAGAUCAAGAAGACGACCGGGAAGAAGGCGGAGAUAUUGACCCCCGAGGAAAUCGAGGAAGAAGAGCAAGAACCGGCUGUCGUUUGUGUUCCUUACGGCGGUCCGGUGCCAGACAUGGAUGAUGUUCUCGAUAACGAGUUCUUGAGGCCGGCACGAUGGGACCUCUAUUAUUUCGAUGAUGAGAACACAGAAGCGUGUAGGAUAAUGUAA